UAUUGCCUCUAUGAGAGAGAGAGAGGGAGGACGGUAGAGAGACAUUCAGUCAUCGUUGCUUUCACUGUGUAGUAAAGCUCCAUUAAGCUGCUGCACAGCUACCUGCGGGCACACACACACACACAGUUGUACAGAAACACACGUGCACGCGCCGUGGAGCAGUGUGUGUGUGUGUGUGAUCUUCCACCUUUCAGCGCUUUGCAUUUUUUACCUGCAGUGGACAUCACGCACUGCCACGCGUGCACGCGCCUCCUCGCCGCGCGCACACGCUCGCGCACGCCCGCCCGCAGCAGCAGCACCGAGGGAGCGAUCAAUACACUAAAAGCCCGGAGAGGAUUUACAGCGGAGCGGAGAAAAGACGCGUCGCUGCGCGGGGAGCAGGAGGAGCACCGGAGCAGGAGGAGCAGGAGGAAAAACGGCAGGAAUUAUGAAGCUCAGCCACCAUGUCUAAAGCGACGGUGAAGAAGCUGCACUGGCGCUCCAAGGUGCAGGAGAGCUUCGUCCCGCUGGGCGGGGGAUCAGGGGAGCUGGGUCUGGCCAUUGGGGGCGGGGCCGACUAUGGCGAGUUCCCAUUUGUCACGGCGGCGCCUGGGGGCGCGGCCACAGUGGGCGACAUCAUCUUAGAGAUUGGGGGGACACCUGUGUUGGGGAUGACCCUCGGUGAUGUCAGAGGAGUCCUCAACUCCUGCCCUCAUCCAAUCAGAAUCAAGACUGUCUCACCAGGCUCGUCCCUCUGUAAGGACCUCAGGUUGUACCUCAGUAAGUGUUUCACUCCGGGCUCCAUGGACAGUCAGCUGCAGCAGCUCAUCAGAGAGAACCUGUACCUGCGCGCUGUGCCCUGUACGACCCGGCAGCCUCGGGACGGGGAGAUCUCAGGUGUGGACUACAACUUUGUCUCCAUCGAGGAGUUUUUCUCUCUGGAGGAGUCCGGGGCUCUGCUGGAGAGCGGCAAGUUCAAAGGGAACUACUACGGGACGCCCCGCCCCGUCCACAUCGGCCCAGAGAGUCCACCAAUCACGUACCAGGAGCAUCGAAACCUGCUGAGGAACUUCAGGACGAGGAGCAAGUCUCUGAGUAACCUGGAGAAAGCUGUGGAGGAGGGAGACAACAGUGAGGAGGACAGCGGCCUGUCAGCAGGUUCGGCCGGAGCCCCGCCCACCACCCUGCCUCUCAGCCAAUCAUGGGAGUCAGCAGUGGGGACAGAGAACGGAGGAGUAGGAAGAGGAGUGGGCAGAGGAAGAGGAGGAGGAGGAGGAGGAGGAGGAAGAGGAGGUCCACUGCCUGAAAACUGGGAGCUAGCCUACAGUGAUUCAGGAGAGCCAUACUACAUCGAUCAUAACUCAAAGACGACCAGCUGGCUGGAUCCUCGCACUCAGAACAAAGACACAACUUCCUGUACAGAACUCCCAGAGUUCACGGAGCAGCCCAGUCAGCUGAGGGGUUACUCCAUCCACACUCGACUCUCUAAAGGUCCUCGAGGCUUCGGCUUCAACAUCGUUGGAGGAAGUCGACCCCGAGAGUUUCUACAGGUGUACAGUGUCACACCUGGAGGACCGCCUGCUCUCAACACAGCCGACAUCCUGGUCUACAUCAACGACAGCUGCGUGCUGGGUCGCUCUCAUAAAGAGGUGGUGGAGAUGUUGAAGUCGGUGCCGAUGGGUCAGAGCGUGGACGUGGUGCUGAGGAGAGGAUACCCGAUGCUCUACAACCCCGACGGCUGUCCCAAACAGAGUCUGGAGACGCCGCAGACGCCCAGCGAACCCUCCGACCCCCCCAAUCUGAACCGAGGCCUCACACACCUCACCUACAGCCGCCCGCUGGACACCAACGGCAGCAUGCCAGGACUGGGCCAAACCCCGCCCUCCUACGCUGCUCAGCCAAUGACAAACGGGCUGACGGGCCCGCCCACUCCCACCUCCUCUGACCCCCUGGGUCCACCCCCCCUUCCAGACAGGACAGCAGCCAAUCACAUAGACUCUGACGGCAGCCUGUCCAACGCUGGAACACGGAGGUCUUCUCUGAUUCGCUACAACAGCAGCACGCUCCCCGCCCUCUCCUCCUCCUCCCUCCUCCACCAUCAGAGCUCCAAGUCCUCAGAGAGUGAUCUGUCUACGUCCACGCUCCCCAUCUCCUCCUCUACACUCCCCAUCACCUCCUCCUCGGCCCACACUCUGUCCAAACUGCCCCUCUCUCAGCCUGAGUCCGGCCUCCUCCAGAACUCCACCAGCCCCCCCGGAGCUCCUGUGCAGCGCCCGCCGAUGCCCCAGACCUCCCUCGCUCUGACCCCACCCAGAGACAUCCCACCCUGCGGCUUUAACGGGUGUCCAGCCAGUCACGGAGCACCUCCUCCGGCCUCCCGAGGAGGCUCGGGGCUGGUGCUCCCCCUUGGGGCGGGGUCACCGGCGUCUGCCCCUGGAGGGGAGCUUGUGCCGGUGGCCCUCGGACGCAGCGAGGGUGGGGGGCUGGGGUUCAGUGUGAUGGCGGGGGGCCAAGGGGGUCAGCUGGCGGUGGUGAGACGGGUCUGGGAUCGGAGGCAGUGCCCAUCGCUGCAGCCGGGGGACGCUAUAGUGAAGAUCAACGGAGCGGAUGUACAGAGCCUCAGCUUCUCCCAGGUCCAGAGAGUCCUGCAGGAGCACACCAAACAGGGAGAGGUGGUGCUGCUGGUCUAUAGAGGAGGUCCCGUCUCCUCUCCUGUCGUCACCCCCAACCUCUAUAAGGCCCUCCCCUCCCCUCACGGCCUGACCACGCCCUCGUCCUCCCAUUCCCCCACUUCAGCUGACUUGCCUUCCCCGUCCACGGGUGCCUUGGUGGGGGGUGUCCCCCCACUCAGCCAGGCUGGCUUGGCCCUUGAGAGUCCCCAGGAGGGCCACGCCCUGACCCCAGGGACCCACCAAGGGGCCCCUACUCCUGCUCAGACACUGAACGGGCCCCCAGCCUCGUCCCUCAUCCAGAGCACCAGCUUCCUGGACUCGGUUCCUGUGACGCUGACCUUAGAGCCACGUGAUCUCCUGGGGGUGGAGGAGAGCGCCGGGGGGCCCCCUCCGAACAGAGGAGGAGCGCAGGGAGCAGUCACCAAGGACGGGAGGGGGGUACCAAAGACGGUGGAGGUGGAGCUGAGGAGGAGGCCGGGUGAAGGCUUCGGAUUUGUCAUCGCCUCUCAGGAAGUGACCAACGGAGGCCCUGAGGAAGGAGCCCUCUCCCCCUCCUCCUCUUCACACACAGAGGAGCAGGAUGUGGACACGGUCACCAUGACAACUGCCUCCCUCAGCCAGCAGAGGGGAGGUGGAAGGGGUGGCACAAGAGGAGAGAAGAGGAGGAUGAGGAGAGAGGGAGAAACCAAACUAAGAACAGGAGGAGGAGGAGGAGGGUUAGGGCCUCCUGAUCUGGACCUAGACCUGGUGGAGGAGGAGGCACGGGAGGAGGACAGGAGGAGGGAGGAGGACGAGGGGAGGAGACGACAAGAGGAGGAGGCAGAGGAACGGAGGAGGAGGAAGGAAGCAGAGGAGGAGAGGAGGAGGAGUCAGACUGUCCGGCAGAAGAAGAGAGACGACCAGAGGGAGCAGGGGAGGAGCAGCCGGAGCUUAGCCAGGAACGGUGCUCGAUCCUGGGACACGUCGCUGCCUGAGGAGAGGAUGGAGGUGGAGGAGUCAGGAGGAGGAGUGAGGGAGAGGAGGAGGAGGAGCAGCGAGACAAAGAGCAGGAGGAGGGAGAGAGAGGAGGAGGAGGAGGAGAGGAGGAGAGACAGAGACAGCGCCAUCCGUCACGCUAAGCAUCAUGGGAGCUCGGGUGCAGCUCAGAGAGCGGCGUUCUCCUUCCUCAUGCCGAUGGACGAUGACGAGCACCAGCGUCCGUCCGACAGCGAAUCAGCAGCCAGCUACUCAGAGGUCAGCCUAUCAGCAGCCAGCAUCGCCACGGGGGGGUGGAGGGAGGAGUCUCUGUGGAGGGGGGGAGGGGAGUCAUCGUCAUGGCAACAGGAGAACACCCCCGGCCCCUGGCUGAAGCCCAGCCCACAGAGACUGACGCAGGUUCUGAUUGGCAGUCGGCUCAAUGGGCGGGAACUAGCGGGCGGGCUCUCACUCUGAUUGGUUGGCAGUGAGGACGAUCUCUUUUUUCAUUCGCUGGAUUGUUUUUUUCUCUUUUUUUAUUGGCUACCUAUAAGGGCUUUCUUUGAUUAGGAGAAACUGAGAGAAACCCCGCCUCUUCCUGCAUCUUACUGGAUGAUAACAGACAAUUCUGCUUCUGACUGGAAGAAGACAAGGACUUGUUUCUGAUUGGCUGGGUGGGUUUUGAGGCCUCUGAUUGGCCAGUGACGUAACAGCUGCACACACAGCCGUCAGUUUUUUUAUUUCAACAACCAGAGCAGAUUAACUCGAUCAAUCAGAUCACAUGUUCACAGAUACUGCAGCUUUAACACCUCAGGAUCCACAUGCAUUCAGACAAGAGAGACUUUCUGAUUCUGUCACCACACAGUCGAUUCAUCAAGUUUGAUCUGAACUGAUCAGAACUCAGAGUCUGAACCAGAACUUCAUCAGGUCUUAGAGACAGAUGGAGACCACAGACAUCACAAAGUCAGAAAAAUCACAGUUCGGGGACACCGAGCAUCAAGCAGACUGGGUCUCAGAUGGUCUCUCCUAGAGUCAUGCUGCAUUCAAGUUCUUCUCAGUCUGAGUUUCUGAGUUCCCAGUCAGAAGUUUGAACCUGAACGCCUCCUGAAGUCAGAGCAACUCCCAACAUCAGAAUCCAAGAUGGCUGCUCCUCACAUCAACAACAGUGAACACUCUGCUAACGUUUGUUUCACACUCAGUCAGUCCAGACACCUCCUGCUCCUCACCUCCUCCUCCGCUCCUCCUCCUCUCCUCCUCGUCGUCUCCUCCUCUCCUCCUCUCCUCCUCCUCCGCUCCUCACCUCCUCCUCCUAUCCUCCUCGUCGUCUCCUCCUCUCCUCCUCGUCUCCUCCUCUCAGCUGUUUUCUUCAGGUGGAGCAGAUUGCUUCUGUUUUGACGUCGCUCUCAGUUCGGACCUGAACGCAGCGUCGACUGAUCGAUCAGUUCACAUGAAAAGAGACUGAAACAGUUUGUGUGAGGAGGUGAAAAGUUCAAACCCCGCCCUCUGCUUCACCUGCACACUGCUGACCAAUCAGUGAGUGAGCUGGGUGUGAUGUCAGAGUGUUUCAGGAACGGAGCCUUUGACCAGCUUCAUGACUCCGAGUCAGGUUCACUGAGGGUGAACCCCAAGAGACUGAGCUGAUCCAGAUCCAGGUUCCUGGGUCCUGGGUCCUGGGUCCUGGGUCCUGGGUCUGCUCUCUCUCUGCCUCUUCAUCAUCUUCAUCUCUCCACCUUUAAACUCGUAUGCAAACACCACCUGAACCUUUCAGUCCUGACGCUGACUCUGUGUAAUCUGAGCAUGUGAAUAUCACUGGAAUGAUUUUUUAUUUUUAUAAACUCCACAUGUAAAGGCUCGAUGACAUCAUCAUCAUCAUCAUCAUCAUCAUCAUCAUCAUCAGAGGUUAAAUAGAACCAGUUGAUUUGCCUGCUUGCUUGUAAAGAAGAAAAAAAACUUUGCCCUAAUGAUGUAACACACACACACACACACACACACACACACACACAGAUGUCAGGUCCAGCUGUGGUCCUGGCAGCUUUCAAUAAACAUAACAUCACCAUGGCAACAAGGUUGUCUAGAUGGAUGACUUGUUUCUAUAGCAACAGCCAGGACCGCGUGGCCAACAUGGCCGCCGCCGCCCGCCGACCUGCAGCUCUGGAUCAUAACAAAGUGCCUCAUUUUAUUUUCAGCCUUUGUCCUGCAAACUGACACCGAGGCUGCAGGUAGAGACACGCCCCCUCCACACACACCUGUCAGCCCCGCCCACACACACACCUGGCCCCUCCUCCCUGUGUCUGUGCCUCUGAGACGGUUCAGAGACGUUUCCUGAAUAAAACCAAACCGAGCGUCGUGUCUCCACCGGUCUCUGUCCACAGCUCUGACUCAUGAGCAUCUUCAUUAUCUCUGAUGAGAAAACCAGGAUUUCUGUUUUCUCACGGCUCUGUUCUUUCAAAGCAAAGUGUCUGUGAUGAUCCAGAGUUAAUUUACAUCCAAUAACACUGUUGACUCAGUGAAGCUCUGGUUCUGAUCACACACACAGAUUUUAUUAUCAUAAAAGUCAGGAGAGUUGGUGACUGACGUCUGAGUUGGGUGGAAGCUCGAUGGUCGUCUGGCAGCAGCUGCAGUUUCUCUUCAUCCUCCAGGUGGAAACAUGUUUCAUGGUUUCUCAUGUUUGUCGUGUUUCCAACAUUUUUAACGUGCAGACGUGUUUCUGGUCCAGGUCCAGACCUCAGAGUUCCACCUUCAGCCUCCAACAUCCAACAUUACCUUAUCAACGAACAUGUAGAGAAUCAAUUUUUGACGUUUGUGAACUGAUUCAGAUUCGUCCACGUCUGCAUCGCGAUGCUUCUAACAACCCAGAUUAUUUUCUACAUUGAUCAACAAUCGAUCGUUUCGUCGGUUAAAUUUUUCCCACAGGUCGAGAUGAUCGAGUCUGAGUCGGAGUUAGACUCAGUCACUAGACUCAGACUCUAGGACUCUACUGAGUCUAGAGUCUAACUCAGACUCAGUCUCAGUCUCAGUCUCAGUCGAACUUCUUUCGAAAUAAUGAAUUUCUCAGUGUCUGUGUGAAGGUUCAGACUCCGGGCUUAUAAAGAUCUAUCUUCAGAGACCCCCCACAGAGUCCUGAUCUCAGGAUCAUGGAGUCAGUCUGGGAUCACAUGAAGAGACUGAACCUGCUGUCCCUGAACUGGUCCCUGUCCAGAGUUAAUGAAUCAGCUGCUGAUCACAGCUGAUCACAGUCAUGUGACAGACGCUACUCGACCCAUGUGACAGGUCACAUGACCCGUACGACCACAGUUUCUGUUCCCUGAGGUGAAAGACUCAGAUCAGGUCAGAGUGAGACGUCUGUUCUCUGUAGAGGAUCUCAGUCACACACUCUUAUUCAGAUCAGAUCAAUAAUCUCAGAUAAUCAGAUUGAUAUUUUUGGACCUUAGACCAGGAGCUUGUGAAAAAUGAGGUAACACUGCAAAUAAUCAGUCAAUUAAUCAAUAACCUGAUUCACAGAGGAUCAAUCAGACACGAUUCUGAUCGUUAAAUAAAUCUCAGGUUUGUUUUCGGUUUUUCUUUGUCUUCUUUUGUUUAGUUUGGUCUUUGUAAAGCGUCUCAUGAAAGGCGCUAUAUAAAUGAUCUAGAUAUUAUUAUCCUGUGACAGUGAACUAAAUAUCUCUGAGUUAUUGAUCUGUGAUUGGUGUUUACAGACGAAACAAUCAAUUCAUCCUGAAAAUAGUCAGAGGAUUUAUCAGUGAUGAAAAUAAUCAUUAGUUGCAGCUCUGACUUCCAACAGAUUCAGGAUCAGCAGAAACAAAGAUAUUUAAUCCGAGCGAUCAGGACGUCGCCGAGCUUUUAUUCUGAAAAUCCUGAUGUACACACACACACACACACACACACACACACACACACACACACACACAGAGUCCACCCCCUCAUCCAUCCAUCACUUCAUGUUGUCAUGUUUUUACCUCUCAGUCUCCACACCUGCAGCAGUUAAACUACAACUCCCACAAUCCCCUGCGCUGCCCUUUAGCCCCGCCCCUCAGCCUGCUCUCUCUAUGGGCAUUGGAUCUCGUCUCUUCUAUGCAUUUUCUAAGACUGAUGGAUUCUCUGAUCAGUUCUGAUCACCGAGCCUGGACUCUGGUUCUGAUGAGGGUCUGAUUCUUCAGGUUCUGAUCCAAACACGAGGUUUUAUCUCUGGACCUGAUCCCAGGCGUCACCGAGGAGCUGUGUUCAUCUCCAGCAGCUGACUGACGUGGUCUCAUCUGUCUCUUCAGCUCCAGUCGGACUCUAAAACCCUGAGCUGGAUCAGAGCUCAGUCAGGUCACGUCAGAGUUCACAGAAUCAUGUUGAUUUACUUUCUAACUUUUCUCAGUUCAGAGCCGGAGUCUGGACGUGGUCUGGAACCAACAGGAUCUGGAUCAACCCCCUGAGGGGUCUGAACCAAACAUUUGUUCUUGACUCCCCCACAGCACAUGGAGGUUUCAUAAUUCCCUGAACACCAACCACCACUCUACAGCGGAAAUUAGUCAAUGAAGUCAAUUUGAGAUUGAUUGAAAAUUCAUUUGAAAAUGGAAUCACUUAUUAAUCGUUUGUGUUGUUUUCAGCAAAAAUUCACAAGUUCCAGUUUCUCAGAUAAAGAUUUGAUCAUUUAUCACAGUAAACUGAUCAUCUGUGAGUUCUGGACAAAACAAGACGUCUCGAAACGUCAUGUUGAACUCUGGGAAACUGUCGACUGUUUGUUUUCUGCACGAUUCAUUCAGAUGAAUAAAUACACAAAGAAAAUAAUGAUUCACUGCAGCCCAACACACAGUUCAAACUAAAAUACUAACCGUCUUAAAAGUUCAGUAAAUAAAUGCAUAAUCAGACUUUAAUACUCUGCAGCUGCUCCACAUCUCCUCACCUCCCAGACAACAACAGAAAUAUCAAAAGUCUGAGAGUUUGGUGCUCAAACUAUUUCUUUCUCCCUGCUUCCAGUCUUCAUGCUAAGCUAAGCUAACAGUUUCCCCCUGCUUCCAGUCUUCAUGCUAAGCUAAGCUAACCACAUCCAGACUCCGGCCCUGUGCUGAACACACAGACUGAGAUCUGAACAUCUCUGAGAGAAAGAGAACUGUUGUACUCCUUUAAUAUGCUAACCUUAGCGUCUGUUAGCUGUGAGUUUGUGACUUGUUCUUGACUAAAGUCAGACUUCCUGUCGUAGUUACUAACCUCCACUGAAGCUAGAUUAGAAAAACUCUGAUUAAUUAAACUGUAACUAAACUACAACAUUUAAAAUCCAACAGACAAACAGUUAAUGAUCCAGACUGAUGGCAGGUCUGUUCUCAACAGAAGGUUCUGAUCCAGGAUUUUAAUUCUUCACAAACAGCAGCUUUAGUGAAGCCAGAUAACGAUAAGGUAUCCUGGAUCUGUUGAACCUGCUUCACAGUGCAGGGAUCAGCUGUAAAUCCAGAUGUUUGCUGCUGUCAGAAACUGAAACUGACUCACUGAACCAUGAAAUAUAUGACAGGUGAGUUCACCUGUAACCUGCUGCUGCUGCAGGUUUAAAGCUUCACACUGACAGGUUAUAGAAAAUAUAACACAUGUAAACACAGGCCCAGACUGAGCUCUGUGAGACGUUUACUGGAUGAAACUAAAGUCUAAUAAAGUCUGUGGAUGAUCAAUGACCUGAUCAUUCUACAGGAGGAUCAUUAACCUGAUCAAUAACCUGAUCAAGUCAGAUCAGACUGAGAUACAGAUCAGAAAGUCAAGAACAAAGUCAGUGUAUCUUAUUAUUCACAGGAGGGUCAGUGAACGUCUCACCGCUCCGUCACUCAGAGAAAAACCGACAGGCGUCACUGAGGAACCUGAAUCCAUCAGUGGGUGGAGCAGCCGAUAGGUGUGUGGUUGGACUUACCUGUCCGAGCGUCACACAGGUGCAGUCACACAGGUGUCCUCCGCCUCAGUCUCACUCACGGUUUCAGCCUCGCGCUCCUCCAGCGUCUCUUAUCCCUGUGACGUGAUGAUGGCCCUCAGCGUCAGGACGUUACACCUGUGUCUGUUCGUACCUGUCUCUCUCGGCGGCGGGAAAAGCUUCAGUUCGUUCCUCCCCCACCGUCUCCUCUGUUUUUAAAUUUCCCUUAAACGGUUUUCAGCUGCGACAUGAAGAAGCUCCACCGCCUCCUGGUGUUGUGGAGGUGUAAUUACACAGCGACACAAACACACCUGCAGGCAUAAACGCUCACGUAUGAGCGUAAGCUACGACGUAAACUGCUUCGGUCCUGCGCAGAAGUAUAAACCUGAAAAACAGCGGCUACCGACAUUUAAACCACACCCACAAUGCACCUGUAAUCCCGCCAAAAUACAGCGUGGUCUGAUUUGUGUCACAGGGCGUGCCGGGCGGGCGGUGUUUAAAUCAGGCUGUGACUGUUUUUAUCACAUUUACAAAUGAAGGUUUAAAACAUGAAACUUUAUUUUGAAUUAAAGUGAAGGUGAAGUAAAUAAAAUAAAUAGGUAAAUAUAUUUUAAUAAUCGUCGUCGUUUUUCCUGUAAAAAUCUAAAACAUUUUCUGGUUCAAUAAUUUACUUGAGUUUGGUUUGAGUUCUUAGUGACUGUGACAAUAAAUCAGUAAAUCGAGAAAAUAAUCAACAGAUUAAUCAAUAAUAAUCAUCAGCUGUAGUUGAAUCAGUUCCAACAGUAAAAUGCUGCUUAUUGAUCUAUUGAUAAUUAAUACACUGACAGGAGGACUGAUUAUAUUCACAUACUUUUACUCUGGAGAGCAGGAAUCUUAUUGUUACACUGUGGUAACUUUUACUGAAGUAAAGGAUCCGAUUACUUCCUCCUUCCUACGUGUGGAAACAGGAAACAGUGUGUAAUGUUUACAGAGAUCUGAAUGUUUUCAUCAGUGUGUAAUCACCUAAAACUGAUCUCUGCUGUGAAUGAGCAGUUUAUAUCUACAGAGGGAGUGGGUUGUUUCUACAGGAGCCCAGAACAGACAAACAGUUUUUACACUGAUGUCAGUGUUACAGAUUCAGAACUAAAUACAAAUAAAAAGUAGUGUUUCCCCUGAGGGAACUACAGGGUAAGACUGUCCGACACACUCACACAGGGAGAGUUCAGUCGGCUGCAGCUGUCGUUCUCACCACUAGAUGUCACUAAGUCCUACACACUGCUGCUUUAAAAAAAUAAAGUACAAAAAUAAGAACCAGAGAUAAACCAGAAAACUCUGCUCACCUCCUGUGUUUUCCUAAAUGAGCUGGAAAAAUCUAAAUAUUUACCACCACCACUACUACUAUUAAUAAUAAUAAUAAUAAUAAUAAUAAUAAUAAUAAUAAUAAUAAUAAUAAUAAUAAUAAUAAUGAUACCAGCCGAGUAAACCACUGUCAGUUUCCUGUGAGGUUUUGCUGCUGUUACCUGAGCUUAAUGACAGUCUGAUGAUUCCAUUCACACCGCUGAUACUGACCUGUAACAUACUGAGGUCCUGGAUUUGGUCCUGGAUCAGAACUGAACCUGAACUCUGAGAGAUGAAGGUUCAGUCUGGAUCUAAUUUAUCUAAAACCUUUCAGUGGAGGUCUGGACAGAACCUCUGACGUCAGGACAUAAAAUGAUUUAGUCCCAGAGCAACGCCCCCCAGAGGCCACGCUCUGAACGGUUCCCUUCAACACAAACACACCUUUACAUGACAAUUAAACAACCACUGAACCCACUGUCACCAUGACAACGCUGCUGGAGACGAGCACAGACAGAUCAUUGAUCAGCUGUGACAUCACGGAUCAGCUGAUUGGACGAGGCUGUACAUACGGAGUGUGAUGUGCAGCUUUAUAAACCUGUUUCUUUAAAUGAAUGAGCUGAAGUUCUACUGAGACAGUCCCUGAACUCAACUCAACUUAUUACGACACAGAAAUAAAAAAUCUUUUAUUCA